UUAAUCUUGCUUGACCACUGACUCACAUUUGGAAACGUCACAUGGGAUAACAGACAACAGCCCGUGCACGUUUGCCUGAGGACGUCUCGAGGUUCCUGGUUGGUAAACCUCGGGUGGUAAAAACUCACCGGGCGACGGCAUUUAAAUAGUGUUGCUGUAUCAAGAAUACCCACCCGCUUAACUGCUCCAUCACGAACUACAGGGAACGGGUUGCCUGGGAAACGGCCGCAUGGCAACAGGAUCAGAGCCGGGGGUUGUCUGCUGCUAGCUCUGCUCCCGUUUCCCAUUUCCUCACUAGAUGGUGUGCGAGCCACUGGAGAGUCGUCUUCUUCCCGCGGUCGGGUUCCGAUCAAAACAAAUCGGGGAAACUACACGGAACGCCAUUUCUCGGGCUUUUCGCGGAGGAAGAGUGGGGAUUAAUAUAUUGUCGACCAGAUAUUUGUUUUUUAUUUUUGAUUAAGGCGCGGAUCGUACUCCUUGUUUCGGCGGCGAUGGACAUCAUGAUUGCGGUGCAGGAUGCGUGCGUCUCCGGUCAGUGGCUCACCGCUAUAAUUCUCAGUGUUUGCUGCUUUUUACCAUCGUGUUUGCCCGCCGGACAGACCGUGGACUUUGCGUCCAUCGAGAAUGUGAUCAGCAGACAGGGAGAUACCACGCUGCUCAGAUGUUACCUGUUGGAUGGAAUCUCAAAAGGAGCAUGGUUAAACCGUUCCAGUAUCAUUUACGCAGGGAACGACAAGUGGUCGGGAGACCCUCGCGUGUCCAUCAUAUCAAAUGUGGUGGAUAAACAUGAAUACAGCUUACAGAUACAGAAAGUGGAUGUAACGGACGAAGGGUUGUAUACCUGCUCGAUACAGAGCGAACGCAAUCCACGCCCAAAACACAUUCAGUUAAUUGUAAAAGUUCCUCCCAAAAUCUACGACAUUUCAUCGGACAUCACGGUAAACGAAGGCAGCAACGUUUCGCUUAUCUGCUCGGCUAGUGGGAAACCAGAGCCAAAAAUCUCUUGGAGACACAUCACCCCAUCAGCCAGGAAGUAUGAAAGUGGAGAGUAUUUAGAAAUCACAAACAUCACUCGGGAUCAAGCAGGAGACUAUGAGUGCGGUGCUGAAAACGACAUUUCUUCCCCCGACACGAAGACCGUGAAAGUCACAGUCAACUUUCCUCCAGCAAUCCACGAGAUGAAGAGUAAUGGGGUCCGACCCGGUCAGAUGGCCCUGCUGAGAUGUGAGGCAGCAGCUGUCCCCUCUCCAGUCUUUGCGUGGUACAAGGGAGAGAAAAGGAUUAACAUGGGCCAAGGUAUCGACAUCAAGAACCUCAGCUCCAGAUCAAUUCUCACAGUGAAAAAUAUGACACAGGAUCGCUAUGGCAACUACACCUGUGUGGCUGUGAACAGGUUGGGAACAGCCAACGCCAGCGUGCCUCUAAUUCCACCCAACACCGCUCCGUAUGGAAGUACAGGAGGCGCCGACGUCCUGCUGGCCUGCCGGUACCUGAUCCUGGCUCUCUCUUCUCUCGUCAGCAUCUACUAGCCCCGGGGACGGCCAUACACAAUGACUGUAAAGAACCCUUUGAGCAUUUACAGAUCCUUUGACAUCGCAGAUGGCUGGAUCCAAUUUGGUACAAUUUGUCUGGAAAGCAGCGAGGGAUUUUAAAUCAGUAUUAUUUACGUUGGGAUGGGAAUUUGGGGUGUUUGUCAUCAUGUAAAUAUGUAGGGUUUGAGGGUUUUUGUUUGGUUUCCCUUCUUUUCUGUUGUGUUAUUUGAUUUCCCACUUUGUAAAUCAGCACGCAUUGUCUCCUUUCCAACGCUCUCAAAUUAGCUAAAAGCGCGCUUCUGAAAAGCGAAGGUGUGUGAAGUUAGUGUCUUUGUUAUUGGUAAUGGAAAGACUCCUCUGUGAGCCACCUCGCUAUCCAUGCCGGUGCAUCAUUUACAUACCUAUAAAGGGGCAAAUUGUUUAAAUCACAUGCUUAUUUAAACUCGGCGAGUCAAGAUUGGAGAAGGGGACUAGAUAAACAAAAAGACGGAUGAUGGGUGAAGCGAACAAUUGGAGAACAGUUGAAUAGUAUUGACAAUGAAAAAUGAAUAAUCAUUUCGUGGACCAAAAUUACAGCCAUACUUCAGCAGUUCAGGCCUCUGUGCUGUAGCCCCUUUUUGAGCUUAAAGGAAAUAUGCAGACAAAAAUCUCAUAAUCCUUUCUAGCUGUUUAAGAAAUAUGUUUUAGUUAUGAUCUCUUUGCUCAAGAGUUGAUUUUGAGUUUUUUAAUAGUUCGAAACUUUGGCCUAUUUGUGUCUAAUCCGAAAAUAAAAUUUAGACACAUGCAUUAGUUGAAAUUUUAUAACCCAACAAAGCCGAGUCUCUUUCCAUUUUGCCCUGGGGAUCUAAAAAGAGGGGAGAGGAAAAAAUUCAUUGAAUAUAGGGUUGCUUUUGAUGUUAAAUUAAAUAAGACAUCAAAUAACAAUAGCACAUAAAAGACAUUCUGCAGUCUGGCAGAUCGCAAAAUAAAAUAUUGGGCCAAUCCAAAGUGGAAAGAGAAAGUAGGUCAUAUAUUAUGGUGUCUAAUGAAACUUAUCAUUCAAGUCGUUAUUUCCUUUUUUAAACCGAUAAAUAUUUUUGUCUCCGUUGUUUACAGAUUAUGUUUAUGGUUGUAAUCGUUUCAACAGGAUUUUUAUAAACAUAUAUUACCUGCUUUGCUUUCGUCAGUGUGAAAUAGUUUCGAAUAGGGAAGCUGAAAAAAGAUUAUGCACUUCCCUUUGUGGGGACGGUAUGAGAUUUCAAGCGUGGAUCCAAACAUGUGAAUGAAUAUUAUUUCAAAAUAAGUAUGCAGUAUGGCAUAGUUUACAAUGUCGUCAUUCAUUUUAGAUGCCACAACUGUUGUUGAUUCUCGUCAAACAAGUAGAAGUCGGAAAAAAGAACCUUUUGUAAUCAAAUAAUCUACUCGGAGGGUGUAAACCAGUCAUACGGUAUCAUAGAAAAUGAGUCACGUGUGUAUAUUCGAAGAGAGUAGAAUUCAUUUUAUCUUAUUGGUAGAGCCAGUGUCUAGAUUUAGUUUAACCUCUACCCUAGUUCCCACACACUUGUUGUAUACUACGAUGUGCAGAAAUUAUAAAUGUGCUGCAUGUCAAAUGACUAUGUAUGUUGAGGUGGCCACGUACCAUAAAUCGAGAAUUUGAGAACAAAACCAGGCUGCUUUGACUUCAUGAAAUGUGUUCCACACUACUGAACAUCACUGGGGUUGUGUGUUGAGCUACUGUUCCAUGAAAUGUUUUCUUUCAAAAUCAUCACAGAAUCUUCUGCUCGGUGUGCAAUAUUUUGUAUUUUUCCUCACGUUCAUUUCCUUCGUUUAUGUGCAACAAAAUCAUGACAAGCUUACAUUCUUUCUGUCUAUUACUUCCCGUCCUUUUUAUAGUUUUCAAUACCAGGGCAAAAUUUAUAACCAAUGAAAACAUAUUAGAAUCUUACUUGUAUUGGAGAUCAUCUACACUUUCAACAAUUACAAUGAUCUCACUGUAUUAUAAAGUAAGAAGCUUAGAAUUCUUGUUUGAACUUUACAAUGACUAAUACUCAGAAGUGUUCAUUUUUGUUAGAUUUUACCUUAUGGCUUGUGUCCCUGUGCUUAUCGUAGACUUGAAAGCAUCAUAUACCCAAAAGAGGAUGUUAAAUAUUCAUAUAUGAUCAAACCAACGCCUGGCUCUCAUAGACACACAUUAUUUUCAAUGUUUACAACGAACCUCCAUAUUUGCAGAUGAAUGGCUUUGAGCGGUAAACACACUGCAUAUUCAUUCGUAUCCAGGCAAAAUGCCAUUCGAGUCCACUGUAGAAGCAAGUACUGUAUAAAAUGUGCCUUUAAUAGUAUUGAUCAGAUCUGUUGCCAUUCCAUGUCAAAUGCCACAUCUGAGCCUCAUGCGUUGGCCAUUCAUAACUAUUAUAUCAGACGUCACAGUAUUUAUAUAUAAUUCUUUAUUACUUCCUUUAUUAAUAGGCUAUAAAAGGGUCCUUUUUUAACAUCUGCCGAUUUUACGUUCUGUAAAGAUAAAAAGGUAGCACGUGCUCUUUUAAUAAAUAUUGUGAAUGAAACAUCAACAAAGAGCUCAUUAAACCAUCAUUAAAACUGCAUAAGUGGAUAUCAAGAUAAAAAGGGCAAAAAACGGAGGCAGGAGGCAUUCAUGCAUGCAUAAUUCUCCUGAAAGUUACAGCCUUUCAAAAAGAGUCGGUAAAUAACAGGCAAAUGUGCUGCAAAUUUCCUCUCUGAACAUGUAAUGACUUGAUAAUUACAUUCCUGGACAUGCAUUAAUAUUCAAGGACCGUUUUUUUCCAAAUGGCUGACGUCAGCUAAUGGUUCGCGUUUCACGUGUGACUGAAACUCGCACACUCGCAUCGAUUCAGUCUCGAAAUCGCGAUGGGCUAAUCCUAUUUUUGACUGAGUUCAAAUGACUGAGGCCCGAGGAGACCCCUUGGGUUCCAUUUCAACACCUUUUCAAAGUUGAUGUGAACACGGGUACGAUUCAGCUCUGACAAGUAAGCUGCGAGUUAGCAUUUCUGCUGUCUUUUGCGAAUCCUAACGGCCGAUGCGGUUGCCAGAUGCACACAGAUAAAAAAAAAUCCCAAAUAACAAACGUGUAAGAUCCUUCAUCUCGUAGCACAAGCGGAGCUCCUGGCAAGACAGAAUGAGGGUGGUAGGCGGUAUUCCAAUGAUUAAAAACCUGUCAGCUCCAUCUCUGUCUUGGCCAGACUCUUUUGAAAGUCGGUUUGAGAGUGCUGUGUGUGCGGUCAGGGGAGGCGAUUCUUCUGACCUGGCAGUUAAUAAAAUUCUUCCUGUGCCUUUGUCAGUUUCUGGAGGAUGAUUUUGUGGAGUGCUGGAGGGUGCUGCAUUAACCAGCUGUGAGCGCUCUCUCACCCAACAGCGCUCUGGCAGGACUGACAGUAAUCUACAUAAACCUCUGUCCUUUUCACGACGUAAUUGCGGUUUUGCUGUAUUCUAAUUGACUCCGCGGAGCACUGUAAAAAACAAAAACCUAUAAUCCCUCCUGAAGCCCCGUUUGCUUUACGGCUAUUGUGUUAAACAUUCACGAUACGUGACGAAUGAAGCGUGUGCGAUGAAUGUACAUAGCCUGUAGAAACGUUCAUCGGCUAAAUAUUUGUCCUGAUAAUAAAGUAGCUGCCAAAAAUGAGUAUGAGUGAAUUCUAAAGGUUUUUUCCUCCAUAGAGUGUUUGUCAACUCCCUCGUUCGUUAUUUUCACUGAGCUGGAAAAUAAGUUAGUACUGAUGCGGUGGUUUUGAUAACGCUGAGGUUCUAACAAAGAUUUCUUUUGCUGAGCACUGUGUCAAUCUGAUGACUGAGGCUCAUCAGCUGAAACGUUAAUGUAAAAAGAAACAGGAAAGAGGGUUUUGCGGACACGCCAACAACACCAGUGUGUUACUCACUCCCUGUACUGUCUCAUUAAAUGUCGGUUGGCCUGGUAAUUUGUUGUAAGCCGUUUUGAAUGGCAUUGGCUAUUUGUGUUGCCAUUUUUCAUAUCUUUAGCGGUUAUUUUGUAAAGUGAAACCAGUGACACCAACAGUCUGCUAUCGCCGGUAAUUGAGCACAGGAGACACCCGUCUGAAAGGGGCGAAUUUAGAAUAGUUUUUACAAAAACAUUCAGCAAGCUUUGGUUACUUUUGUAUAUACAUGUUCGUUUAAUUUUGGAACCUUCUUUUCGUUGGAUUUGGUGACUAAGUAAAAUGGACGUUGUAACCAUAUUGGGAUGGCUGUAUUUUUUAUUUUCCUUCCUCUUAUCAUGAAGCUGAAACGUCUGUGAUGAGAAAUUUGAAAUGGUCAUCUUUACUUACAUGUGUAUGGAGAUAAUUUAGCCACCAGGGAUAUAGUUGUAUAUUUUAGGCUCUAGAUCAUUGGAAUGACAUAUAUGGCUUUAAGUGGCAUUGAUAUAUAUUGAUAUUUGUCAAGAAAAAAAGAAUCAUAUACUUAAAUUACUUUAAAGCUUACAUUGUGUAUAGCACGUAUGCAAGUUCAUUUUCAUAAUGUUUGAUGUAAUUUUGUAGCAGUGGUUUGAUACUAAUAAAGUUGGAAGUUGGUGAUGGAACUGUCAAAUGUGGUUUACAUGAUCUUUGAUUUGAUAUACCCGCAAGAGUAAUAUAUACUUUAUGGUAUAUUCCAGGGGUUUUCAAACUGGGGUCCGGGGACCCCCAGGGGCCCUCCUGGAUGUUCUAAGGGGAAAAUUUCUGGUGAACAAAAUUACAUUUUCAUUUAUAAAUAAGUGUUUGUUUUAUGCAUAAUUUCCAGAAUUGUUUAUAUUAGUUUUUCAUUGCAGUUCUCACUCACUGGGGUUAACUUAACUCACUUAAGGCAGUAUUUUUUGUAAAGCACAAGAUUUCUUGUAGAAGUUGCUGCAGUACAAAUAGAUUUGACUUGAAAAUGUUUCUCCUCAGGUUUGAAUAUCCAAUAUUACCCUUACAAUUUAUCUAAUCGAGUUUAAAUUUUUUACAUCAAAAAAAUGUAAACAUGAAUGUGUAUUUUACAAAGGGGUCCUCUCAAGAUCUUUAUCAUACUUGGGGGUCCACGUCAUUCUAAAGUUUGAAAACCCCUGUUAUAUUCAACCUUAUCUCACAGACAUUCGUAACUAUUUUACAAAGUGGCUAAUUCGUGUACAUUUGUGUGAUGUGAAUUGUAGAACAACGAACGAUAAUCAGAUUAAAGCAAUGCUCCCCUAACCCCACCCCUUACAUCGCUGGCAUGAAAGCACAAAGUAGCCUACAUUAAUGUAUAGAUAAGAUCAUAGAAAUCCAUUUACGUAAACCACCUUGUAAAAUAAUUUAAAUGUUGGUAAUAUCAAAUGCUGUCUGAAGUUUCCUAGACAUAAACAGACCCCUCACAGUUUCACAUAUUGCAUUAACACCAGGAUGAUGGUUAAAUGUGUACCAUAUCACAUACUAGACACUAUGUACUUACACUAUGAAUUCCAUCAACUAUUCCUGUGUAUGUGUAAGACAUUAGAUAUCAUUGUUUCAAAUGUAAUACUAAAUGUUUUUUUCCCAGACAAGGACAAAUGACGUCAAAGCAUAACAAAGAGAGUCAAUGAAAAUACAUUUUUCAAAUUGUACAUUGUACUUUUUUGCAUGACAUGACGUCCGACGUCAGUCACUGCCACAAUAAAGCAUACAUUUGAUCUCCACA